ACUGCCAAAUCGAGUUGGUUGGAGACAAAACGCCCGGCUUACAUGAGAGGUAAUUUGGGCGGAGCUGGAAUGCAUCAAACCUUGUUUGGGCUGACUAUACAGAACCAAUCAGCACCUUCACCGACAUCGUCGACAACCCCCGCACCUCAAGACAAUAUGGGAAAAGUUCACGGAUCUCUCGCCCGUGCCGGCAAAGUCAAGUCUCAGACCCCCAAGGUCGAAAAGCAGGAGAAGAAGAAGGUCCCAAAGGGCAGGGCCAAGAAGCGUCUGCUGUACAACCGACGAUUCGUGAACGUGACCUUGCUCCCUGGUGGCAAGCGUAGAAUGAACGCCAACCCCGAGAAGUAAAACGCUAUCCCAAUAGGGAUUACACAUCGACGCAUAGGCGUCGUCUAUUCAGUGGGCCUCGCGCCACUUUCGGCUCCGGGUUGAGAGGAGUCAGGUCGAUUGGAGCCACGUCUGGUUGUCGCACUUGCAUUCACGCUCUGCCAUUCCAUGUUGUUAUCCUAUACGUUCGCAUAUGCCCCCACCUAUACAUCUAUGACUUAGGGCCAUAAGUUCUUGUCUCCUCAGGACUGUAUCGAUAUUCUUUCCAGGAUCUUUUCGUUGUAUCCUUUUGCUGUGACUGAUACGCUUCAAGUAUCCCGGCAAUUAUUCGGCUCAAUGUCGUCAUCCAAAGAGACCAGUAUAUUCAGUGGGUAUCAUAAGAGAACUACAGCAAUCUACUGGAUGAUCUUGG